AUGUGUGUAUGUGUGUGUGUGUGUGGAGAGCGCAACUGAGCAACUUGGAAUCUGACUAAAUCUCACAGCAAAUCCCUUUAGCUGCUCGGUGACACGGCUUCACUGAUCUGGAAGUUUCAGGAAAUGCAACAGGUGGAGGAGCAAAGAGCAUGAACAGUGGACUGCCGUCAGGUGGCACCAUGGAUGACAACAUGAAUGACUCCAAUGUAAAAGUCGCUGUUCGCGUGCGACCAAUGAACAGAAGAGAAAAAGAUCUGAAGACAAAAUGUGUGGUGGAGAUGGAGGGAAAUCAGACAGUUCUGCAUCCAGCUCUUACCAACAUGAACAAGGGAGACCCCAGGAGUCAGCCAAAGGUUUUUGCCUAUGACUGCUGCUUCUGGUCGAUGGAUGAAACACAGAAAGAGCAUUUUGCAGGUCAGGAUGUCGUGUUUCAGAGCCUUGGGGAGAGUCUACUUGACAACGCCUUCUUGGGCUACAAUGCCUGCAUCUUUGCGUAUGGACAGACAGGCUCGGGGAAGUCGUACACUAUGAUGGGCUCUGCAGAGCAUCCUGGUUUGAUACCUCGGCUCUGCAGCUCCCUGUUCAGCAGGACGGUGCGGGAGGCCCAGGAGGGAGAGAGUUUCACGGUGGAGGUCUCCUUCAUGGAGAUCUACAACGAGAAGGUCCGAGACCUGCUCGACCCUAGAGGAAACCGGCAGACACUAAGAGUGAGAGAACACAAAGUCUUUGGUCCUUAUGUUGAUGGCCUCUCUCGCCUGGCUGUAGCAAGCUACAAGGACAUAGAGUCUCUGAUGUCAGAGGGAAAUAAAUCUCGCACCGUGGCAGCCACCAAUAUGAAUGAAGAGAGCAGCAGGUCCCAUGCUGUGUUCAACAUCAUCCUCACACAUACACUCAUGGACCUUCGGUCUGGGACGAGUGGAGAGAAAGUGAGCAAACUGAGUCUGGUGGAUCUUGCUGGCAGCGAGCGAGCAGCAAAGACCGGAGCAGCGGGGGAACGUCUCAAAGAAGGCAGCAACAUCAAUAAGUCUCUGAGCACCCUGGGUUUGGUAAUCUCGGCCUUGGCUGACCAGGGAGCAGGAAAGAACAAGAACAAGUUUGUUCCCUACAGAGACUCUGUGCUCACGUGGCUGCUCAAGGACAGUCUGGGAGGGAACAGCCGCACAGCCAUGGUCGCCACCAUCAGCCCUGCUGCAGACAACUACGACGAGACGCUGUCCACCCUGCGUUACGCUGACAGAGCCAAGAGCAUCAUCAACCACGCCGUGGUCAACGAAGACCCGAACGCCAGGAUCAUCCGAGAGCUCAGAGAAGAAGUGGAGAAACUAAGGGAGCAGCUUACUGAGGCUGAGUCUAUGAAAGCUCCGGAGCUGAAGGACCGGCUGGAGGAGUCGGAGAAGCUCAUCCAAGAAAUGACGGUGUCCUGGGAGGAGAAACUGAGAAAGACUGAGGCUAUUGCUCAGGAUCGUCAGAAGCAGCUCGAGAGUCUGGGCAUCUCCCUGCAGUCCUCUGGAAUCCGAGUGGUAGACGACAAGUGUUUCCUGGUCAACCUUAACGCUGACCCUGCCCUGAAUGAGCUACUGGUCUACUAUCUGAAGGACCACACCCGUGUCGGCUCAGCCAACUCGCAGGACAUCCAGCUCUGUGGAAUGGCCAUCCAAGCUGAGCACUGCAUCAUUGACAUCACAGAGAGCAACGGCGUGGUGCUCAGUCCUCACCGCAAUGCUCGAACGUGUGUGAACGGUGCUGUGAUCACUACUCCAGUCCAGCUUAAUCAUGGAGACCGGAUCCUGUGGGGAAACAACCACUUCUUCAGGAUCAACCUGCCCAGGCAUAUGGUCCAUGCUGGAGGGGAAGGUGAAGAGAGCAAUGCGGCGAUGAAGAUGUGUUUGAGUACUGAACAGCUGGAGGUGGACUUUGAUGCAUCCAGUGAAGCAUCAAGUGAGCUGAGCUUCGGCUUCGAGUUUGCUCAGGCUGAGGUCAUGAUUAAAGGGAUGGGCAACAACGACCCUCUGCAGUCCGUGUUACAGACUCUGGAGAGGCAGUAUGAGGAGGAGAAGCGCUGCGCCUUGGAACGUCAGAGGCAGAUGUAUGAACAGGAGCUGCAGCAGCUCCGCAAAAGACUAACUCCGGAAAAACCUUCCAACCUUCUGGACCCGACCGGGCUGCUGCCCAUUGGAGCUGCACCUGGAACAUCACCUACCUCGCACAAACGCAUGAGACGCUGGAGUGAAGACAGAGAAGCGAUGAUGACUCGCAGCCUGAGGCGCCUGAGAGAGCAGAUAGUACGGGCUAACCUGCUGGCUCAGGAGGCCGGCUUCAUUGCAGAGGAGCUCAGCAAGAGAACAGAGUACUUGGUCACUCUGCAGAUACCUGCUGCCAACCUGGAUGCCAACAGAAAGCGUGACGUAGUUCUGAGUGAGCCAGCUAUCCAGGUGCGUCGUAAAGGUAAAGGGAAGCAGAUCUGGGCUAUGGAGAAGAUGGAGAACAGGCUGGUGGACAUGAGGGAGCUCUACCAGGAGUGGAAAGACUUUGAUGAAGACAACCCUGUGAUGAGGUCGUAUUUCAAACGUGCCGACCCAUUCUUCGAUGAGCAGGAAAACCACAGUCUGAUCGGUGUGGCCAACGUUUUCUUGGCCUGUCUGUUCUACGACGUCAGGCUGCAAUAUGCAGUACCCAUCAUCAACCAGAAAGGAGAGGUGGCAGGUCGGCUACAUGUGGAGUUGUGGCGAGGUACUCAAAGCUCUGAGGAGGAGGCUCCAAAGCAGUCUGACACCAAGCAGAGCAACAGUGAUGGAGAUCUACAGGAGCGCAAGCUGGAUUGUGUGGUGAAAAUCCUGCAGGCCAACGGUCUGCCUCGUCACCUGUCCAACUUCGUAUUCUGUCAGUACCACUUCUGGGGGCAGGAAGAGGUGGUCUUCAUCGCCCCUGAGGUGGCCCCGAGCAGCACUUCCUCCACCUCCAGAGACCCUCAGUGCACCGUGGUCUUUGAUAGUGCCAAGGACUUUUCCGUGCCCGUGUCGGAGGACUUUGUUGAGUUUCUGACUGAUGGCGCCGUGGCCAUCGAAGUGUACGGCCACAAACAAGCCAACCAUCGCAGAAACCUGGCACUGUGGGACCUCGGAGUGAUUCAAGCCAAGACCAGAUCCCUUAGAGAAAGGUGGAGUGAAGUGACCCGGCGACUGGAGUUGUGGGUGCAGCUGAUGGAGCUGAACGAGGCAGGAGAGUUUACGACUGUGGAGGUGCUGCCUGCUAAAGACGUACGCACAGGAGGAAUAUUUCAGCUCCGACAGGGUCAGUCCCGUCGGGUUCAAGUAGAGGUGCGUCCGGUACCAGACUCAGGCACCAUGCCCCUCAUUACCGCCUCCAUCCUCUCAGUGUCCAUUGGAGACGUCAAGGUCCGGCAGACUGGCUCCUCUAAAGGCAGCGACACACGUUGGGGUGGAGGUGAAGAUAUGGACAGCUACCAGGAAGUUGAUGUGGAGAGGAUGAGAGAACAGUGGCUUGACAUUCUUACUCAAAGACAGGAGUAUCUGGACCAGCAGCUCCAGAAGAUUGUUUCCAAACCAGAUAAGACUGAGGACGAUGUUGAAAGGGAGUCUCAGCUUCUGGAGUGUCGCCUGACACUCACUGAAGAACGUAACGCCGUCCUGGUGCCAUCAGCCGGGAGCGGCAUCCCCGGAGCGCCAGCUGAGAGGGUUCCUAUCGCUGGAAUGGAAACGCACAUUCCUGUCUUGUUCUUGGAUUUAAGCGCGGAUGAUUUCCAGUCCAGCCUUUCAGCCCCUUUGGCCGGAGGUUUGGAUGCAUUACUUAGUGGAGAGGAGGAGGACGACUUCUUUGACCUUCAUGUUGUGAAACGAUAUGAACCAGAGGUGAAGGUGGAGGCUUCUUGGGACUCAACCAUCCAUGAUUGCCCUCAGCUGAGUCGUGUCACGUCUGCUGACCAGAGGGUCUACCUGACAGUCAGCACCGUGGUGCAGCUGAGCCAUCCGGCCCACAUGCAGCUGGUGCUAAGGAAGCGCAUAUGUGUGAACGUCACUGGGAGACAGGGUUUCGCUCAGAGUCUGCUGAAAAGGAUGUCUCAUCGCAGCACCAUCCCCGGCUGUGGCAUCACCUUUGAAAUUGUUUCCAACAUCCCGGGUGAUAUCCACGGUCCAGAGGACAGGGAGAUGUUGGCCAGGCUUGCCGCCAGUACUGAGGACGACCAGUCAGCUGACAGUGAGGCGGCGAUAGAGAAAUAUCUCCGCAGCGUCCUGGCUGUAGAGAACAUCCUCACUCUGGACAGGCUCAGACAGGAGGUGGCUGUGAGAGAACAGUUGUCAGUCAGGGGGAAAUCUCCCAGACACUCUCUCAGCUCGCCGAACAUCAACCAGCUAUCAGCCAGCAGUCUGGAUCUCUACACCUCCAGCCAUAGGCUUAGUGACUUCAAGGGCUGGGAGAGCUACCAGGACCUUUCUUUUGUGUCUCCUUCGUCUAAAGGCACAUUGCCAACCUCCAUUUCCCAGAACCUGAACUCAGAGACAGUCAAAGUCGUUCCCAAGCUUCUGAAGUCUCUGAUUCCUGGUGGGAAGGAAGAUACCAAGGACCAGAAAGCUGUCCAGCAGCAGAGUUUGCCUCGCAUCGUGGUGCAGUCAGCCAGUGUUGAAGAGGGGAUGAGCAAACAUCCAGUUCCUAUAGAGGAUAUCCUUCCCCCUGAUUUCCACGCAGAGACUCCCAGAUCCGUUCCCCUCCCACCACCAAUCAUCCCAGAGACAGAAGAGUCCACCCCCAGCCCUGUUAGUGAGGCAUCAAGUGGAUACAUCUCAACAAGCAUAUCUACUGCCACUCUAUCAGAUGUCUACACUCUGAGCUGGGACCUGCCUCCAUCAUCCGGCUUUGAGGCCGUGACGGAUGAAGAUGAAGAGGAGGCUAAAGCAGCACAGUCAUUGCUCGUUUCAGGCACUAAACCAGCUGAAGAGAGGACUGACUGGAUACCAUCUAAACCACAGGAGACUGUAUCCAGUAUCGAGUCAAACUGGAGUCCGCAAGAACCAGAUGAGUCUCUUUCAAGUCAGGUGGAAGAGCAAAGUGAGUCUGAUUCAGUUGUGGAAUCAGACUUGCCAUGCCAGACCGAACUAAAGCAAGACUCAGAGAUGGACCACACUGGAUCUGAACACUCAGACGAUUCAGAACCUGUGAACCCUUAUUCUUUAUCAAACCAGGAGAUUGAAACCAAGCCAGCAGAGUUUUUAACAGACCAGCCAGAAACCCCUCUAACAGAACUCAGUCUAGCUACUACAGAGGAGACGGAAACUGAACUGCCAGUCCACUAUGAAACAGAACCGUCUCCACAGGACAGUCAGGAUGAGUCUGAAGCAACUAUCACAAAGCCACAACAACCCCAAACAGACCAAGAUACCUGUGCCAGUGUUCAAGAUCCAGUUUCAAGUGUGACCUCAGAUGUUUCUGAAGUCUUGCUUCCAGAUCCUGCCCCAUCUGAAGAUCCUGUUCCUCAAGCUUCUACUGAGGAAAACGAAACUCCAGAGGACUUAAACCCAAAUCCUAUCCCCAUCCUGACAUCAUCAACCACACAAGAAAUCCAGCAAUAUGAACCUACCGAUGAGUCCACAAAGGUGACCACAGAUCCAGGUCUUUCUCCGUCCACUGAUAAGCCUUCCAAACCAGAUGCCUCAGGGGCGAACCCCUUCAAGAUCCAGAAAGUCAAAUCUUCAGAUCUCAAGUCCUUUCAGAGAAUCGUGGGUGAGGAGGAGGGUACGACUCCGAUGGUUGACCGGGCCAGCAGCCUUGGGGCGGGACUUAACUUGUCUUUGCCGAUGGAGAACCUGGAGAUCAUCUCUGACUCUGAGGAAGGAGACGCAAAUGCUGUUCUACCUGACUGGAUGAAAGAGGGGGAGUUUGUGACGGUGGGGACCAAUAAGAGUGGCACCAUCCGUUACAUUGGACCCACAGAUUUCGAGAAUGGUACCUGGGUUGGAGUGGAGCUGGAAGUACCGGCAGGAAAGAACGAUGGAUCUGUAGGCGGUAAGCACUACUUCCACUGUAAUCCUGGUUAUGGUGUUCUAGUAAGACCAGACAGGGUUAGUCGAGGUGGCGUCAAGCGUCGUCGCCAGCAGCAAAAGCAAAAGCGCCACAGUACCCACCUGUCUGGAUCCAGCCCCAACCUGGCAGCCCUCACCGCUCUGGCUAAAGGUGAAGGUGGAGGAGUGCCAACCAGCCGCAGCAAAGGAGACAACCGCAAGUCAUGGAACACCUGAGUGUUACAUCUGGUUGAUCAUGAUUGUGUGAGAUGUUCAAGUUUCCAAAGAACGUUUUGUUUCAGCUGAUCUGAUACACGCAUCACUGUAGCUUCAUCUUUACUGCAAGACUGGGCAUCAAAAGAUCAACAUUUCUCCUCUGUCAAAGGAAAAACUCAAGAAAUAUUGAAUAUUUCAAAACUAAAUCUUAAUUAUUUUAGAUUUUCAGAUGCAACAAUUUCAAACAAUUUUAUAAUUUAUUUAAUAUUUUAAUGGUUGCAGUCAUAAAACAAUCAAACAUCUCAAAAUCACCAUAACUGUACUGAAAACUUAACUCAUCUGGGAAUCGUUUGUUUGCAUGUUGUACAUUUUGAAUGACUCACUGAAUUGUCAGACACUGUGAAAUCCCUGAGGUUGCGCAACAUCUUAUUUCAUGUGCUCAUACUGUAUCACUACUGGAUGUUUGGAUCCAUGUUUUGUGAAGUCCACAUGCCGGUGAUAGACUGUGGUACUUUUGAUCGCGUGCCUUAAAAUCUUACUCAGCAGAAGUGCCGUAGUGAUAGAUCACCAAAGAUUGAGCUGCUGGUAAAUCACGUGUUAAAGCUUCUUUUGGCUCCUUAAUGUGUGAUUCUAUUGAUCCUCAAAACACAUAAUAAGUAAGCUUUGUCUCCAGGCAUGAUCAGGCUGAUUGGAGGUGACCUUUUAAAGAGAGCUAACGUGUGGCAGUGUUUUUUUUCUACAGGCAGGUGUUUGUUUUCGGUGCGUAUGGGAUCACGUUGGUUUGUAUGUGUAAAGACUUUUGAGGGAUUGUGUUGCCUGUUGAUGCAGUUUGUAUUCAUUUUUACCUGGCAGGAUAUUUUGUGCUUAAAGCGGAUCAUUUUUACUGUUUGAAUGUGUAUUUAUUUAAAGAUGAAUCAAUGGAAUAAAACAUUUUAUAUGAAAUAAAUUUCAUUCUGAUCAUA